GAUCUCUCCGCAGAAACGCAUUCACGACUUGACGUGCAUACGAUUUGUCUCGGGCAUAGACUGCUUUUCAGCGAGCGAGACAUAGGAGAAGCCUUACUGGAUUCUUCAUUCUUAUCCUUUAACCCUCUUUUUUUCGGUUUUAUAGAUUGCGCCUAGUACGAGGUAGUACUCGUACCAAACCGUCAAAAUGUCGACGACCGUGGAGAAGAUCAAGCAAAUUGAGGACGAGAUGGCUCGGACUCAAAAGAACAAGGCGACGGCAUUUCACUUGGGUCAACUCAAAGCGAAGCUUGCAAAGCUGAAACGAGAGCUGUUGACUCCAUCCGGCGGUGGCGGUGGAGGUGGUGUUGGUUUCGAUGUCGCUCGUACCGGUGUUGCCAGUGUUGGUUUCAUCGGCUUCCCCUCCGUCGGCAAGAGUACAUUAAUGAGCAAAUUGACUGGCCAACAUUCCGAGGCCGCCGCAUACGAGUUCACAACCUUGACAACCGUUCCCGGCCAGGUGCUGUACAACGGUGCGAAGAUUCAGAUUCUCGAUCUCCCCGGUAUCAUCCAGGGUGCCAAAGAUGGUAAAGGCCGUGGUCGUCAGGUCAUCGCAGUGGCCAAGACUUGCCAUCUCAUUUUUAUCGUCCUUGACGUCAACAAGCCGCUGCUCGACAAAAAGAUCAUCGAGAACGAAUUGGAAGGGUUCGGUAUCAGAAUCAACAAACAACCACCCAACAUUGUUUUCAAGAAGAAGGACAAGGGUGGUCUUGCCAUCACUAGCACCGUUCCCCUAACACAUAUUGACCAUGACGAAAUCAAAGCUGUCAUGAAUGAAUACAAGAUAUCUUCUGCAGAUAUUUCCAUCAGAUGUGAUGCCACCAUUGACGAUCUAAUUGACGUUCUCGAAGCCAAGAGCCGAAGUUAUAUCCCAGUCAUCUACGCCCUGAACAAGAUCGAUUCCAUUUCAAUCGAGGAGCUGGAUCUUCUUUACCGAAUCCCCAACGCCGUCCCCAUCAGUUCCGAGCAUGGCUGGAAUAUCGAUGAACUUCUGGAACAAAUGUGGGAGAAGCUCAACCUCAGACGAGUCUACACGAAGCCCAAGGGAAGGGCUCCUGAUUACUCAGCUCCUGUUGUCUUGAGAUCAAACGCGUGCACAGUCGAGGACUUUUGUAACUCCAUUCACCGGUCGAUCAAGGAACAGUUCAAGGUUGCGAUCGUCUAUGGCCGCUCCGUCAAACACCAGCCGCAGCGAGUCGGUCUCUCGCAUGAAUUAGCGGAUGAGGAUAUUGUCACGAUUAUUAAGCGCUAAGUAAUCUUGAUGGACAUGAAAUCCGAGAGUCCGUCCCAUAGUAGGAACGGCUGUGGCGAAUCGUGCACGAGAGCUUUCGAAGGUCUGUGUCAGUGAUGCUGCGCUAAGAUCCUUUUGCGAAAGGACAAAAGGGCCUCCCUUCGUGUGACAUAGCUCCGCGAGACGCCACGGGCGUGUGACGGGGCCGGACUAGACGAUCCGCGCACGGGCAGCAUGCUUGCCGGCUGCGACUUAAUUUCGGACAAUUUACUCGUUGGAGAUGAUCUACUGAUUCAUGGGCUAGAAUGGUCGCAAUGCUACCCUCUAGUGUUCAAGGUUGAGGUCGACAAGAGGUUAUGAUGGGCGUCUGAAAUCAAAAAGUUUCGAAGUCGGGAUCUUAUUUUUGAUUCAGCAGCAUGUACUCUAUACCUACUAUGUAGUAGCCUGCCGAAUUUUUUUCUCCUUC